CCUAAAACAAUACUAUAGUCAACAACACAAGGCAUAGACCCUUCGUGUUUACUGUUUACACAAUUACCCACGUUACUUCGUACCCCUCUCAUAAAGAACAUAGCUAUAAAAGAGAGAUACAGAGAUACAGAUACAAGCAAUAACAGAGAACGAAUUGUGUAAGUGUAAAACAGCAAGCGCUUUUCUCACUUCUUACUCCUUCAUGUCUCGCAUUGUAGCAGAAGAUCACUCCGUUGAUAACGCGACGCCGUAUCAUUCCAUGGAGAUUAGUUCCUCGCUGACUUUAGGUCAACUUCUCAAGAACGUAAGCGACGUUAGAAAGGUAGACGUCGGCGACGAGACUCCUGCUCACAGUUCACAAGGUGAUCAAGACUACGAUGAUCUCAUGCGUCCUGUCCCCUUCGUUCUAUCUUUCAACAACCUCACUUACAACGUCUCCGUUCGCCCCAAGUUCGACUUGAUCCCACGGAGGAGGAGCCUAUCUUCCACCAAGACCAAGACCCUUCUCGACAACAUCUCCGGCGAGACACGCGACGGAGAGAUUCUCGCCGUUCUCGGAGCCAGCGGGUCGGGUAAAUCCACUUUGAUCGACGCAUUAGCGAACCGGAUCGCUAAAGGAAGCUUGAAAGGCACGGUAACGCUUAACGGAGAGCCUCUUCAGUCUCGAACCCUAAAAGUCAUAUCAGCGUACGUAAUGCAAGACGACCUCCUCUUCCCGAUGCUCACCGUAGAAGAAACCCUAAUGUUCGCCGCUGAGUUUCGCUUACCAAGAAGCUUACCAAAGUCCAAGAAAAGGCUCCGAGUCCAAACCCUAAUCGAGCAGCUAGGGAUCAAGAACGCGGCCAACACCAUCAUCGGAGACGAAGGACACCGUGGAAUCUCCGGUGGUGAGAGACGGCGAGUCUCGAUCGGGAUCGAUAUCAUCCACGACCCGAUCGUUCUCUUCCUCGACGAGCCGACUUCGGGGUUGGACUCCACAAGCGCCUUCAUGGUGGUUAACGUGCUCAAGAAGAUAGCGGAGAGUGGCAGUAUCGUAAUAAUGUCUAUACAUCAGCCGAGUCACCGAGUCCUCGGUUUGCUUAACCGUCUUAUCUUCCUGUCACGUGGCAAAACCGUUUUCAGCGGAUCUCCCGCGAGUUUACCGGGAUUUUUCGCCCGGUUCGGGUGUCCCGUACCGGAGAACGAGAAUCAAACCGAGUUCGCGUUAGAUCUCAUCAGAGAGCUCGAAGGAUCAGCCGGAGGAACACGAGGACUGGUCGAGUUCAACGACAAGUGGCAAGAGAUGAAGAAACGAUCUCCGCCGGCGACUCCGUACCGGAAUCUCACUCUCAAAGAAGCGAUCUCCGCUAGUAUAAGCAGAGGGAAGCUAGUCUCCGGCGGCGGCGGUGGAUCUUCCGUCGUAAGCCACGGCGGAUUCGCGAAUCCGUUCUGGAUCGAGAUCAAAACUCUCACCGAACGCUCGAUCCUCAACUCCCGGCGUCAACCGGAGCUAUUCGGAACGCGGUUAGCCACCGUGCUCGUCACAGGAUUCAUCCUCGCCACCGUGUUCUGGCGGUUAGACAAUUCUCCGAAAGGCGUCCAAGAGCGGCUAGGUUUCUUCGCGUUCGCGAUGUCGACGAUGUUCUACACUUGCGCCGACGCACUCCCCGUAUUCCUCCAGGAGCGUUACAUCUUCAUGAGAGAAACCGCUUACAACGCUUACCGGAGAUCCUCCUACGUCCUCUCUCACGCCGCGGUCUCUUUACCUUCGCUCAUCUUCCUCUCGCUAGCCUUCGCAACGGCGACGUUUUGGGCUGUUGGUCUCCAAGGAGGCCCAAUGGGCUUUCUGUUCUACUGCCUAAUCAUCUUUGCCUCUUUCUGGUCCGGAAGCUCCUUCGUGACUUUCUUAUCCGGCGUCGUCCCGCAUGUUAUGUUGGGUUACACUAUCGUUGUAGCUAUUUUAGCUUACUUCUUGCUCUUUAGUGGCUUCUUCAUCAACAGAGAUCGUAUCCCUCAGUACUGGUUAUGGUUUCAUUACCUUUCUCUGGUUAAGUACCCGUACGAGGCGGUUCUUCAGAAUGAGUUCUCGGAUCCUAUGGUGUGUUUCGUGAGAGGUGUUCAGAUCUUCGACAACACGCCUAUGGGACAGUUGAGUUAUGGGAUGAAACUGAGGCUUUUGGAUUCUGUGAGCCGGUCUAUUGGGAUUAGGAUAACGAGUUCUACGUGCCUUACGACCGGUGCUGAUAUUCUGAAGCAGCAAGGAGUUACGGAGCUUAGCAAAUGGAGUUGCUUGCUUGUCACGGUAGGGUUCGGGUUCUUUUUCAGGGUUUUGUUUUACUUGUGUUUGUUGUUUGGGAGCAAGAACAAGAGGAGGUGAAAGUGAGAUGGGUAGUGAUACUUUGAAACCAAAAACAUAUCUUUGUAUUUUUCGUUUUUGUUAGGGUGAUUUGUUGAUUGAUUUGUACGUCUUUGAAUUGUAUUCAUUUUAACAUGUUUGCUUUUAUCAUCAUAUUAAAUAACAUUCUUUUAAGA